AUGAAGUACGGCUCGCUGACCUUUCUGACGCUGCAGAACGUGGUGCUGGUGCUACUCUCUCGCUUUGUGCGAGCACGUCCGGGUGAUAUGUUCAUACCUUCCACUGCAGUAACUAUGAGCGAGGCGGUGAAGUUGGUGGUGUGCAUGGUUCUCGUAUGGGUGAUAGAAGAGGGUGGCAGUGCGCGUGGCUUCGCCUCCAACCUCCACGCCAACCUCUUCGUUGAUUGGCGUGAUAAUCUCCUUAUCUGUGUGCCCGGUGUCAUGUACGCUAUACAAAACAAUCUAAUCUACUUUGGCGUCUCUCAUCUCAAUCCCAGCGUUUUUCAGGUGACUUGCCAAUUGAAGGUCUUCACAACUGUCCUCUUCUUUCGUGUCCUCCUCCAUCGCGUGUUGACCCCGAAUCAUUGGAUUGCACUCUCCCUCCUCUUUUUCGGUGUUGUUACCGCUCAGAUUGACCCUAGCAAUAAUGCCAAGACUUUGGAGGGACUGGAGCAGAGGCCUUUAUUUGGUCUUAUCUGCGUCGUCACUGCCUGCGUACUCUCUGGUUUCUCAGGGGUCUUCUUCGAGCUGGUGCUUAAGUCCACCCAAAAGACUAUCGUCAUGCGGAACAUCCAACUCUCCAUCUGCGGCAUCUUCGCCAGUCUUGCACAGGCCUACCUCCAGGAUCGGGAGGUCAUCUCCAUCCAUGGCUUUCUGUUUGGCUAUGAUGGCUACGUGUGGACAGUUAUCCUGGUGCAGUCGUUGGGCGGGCUGUUGGUAGCCGCAGUGGUACGCUACGCGGACAAUAUCCUCAAGACGUUUGCAACCUCGGUGGCCAUUGUACUUACCCUUGUAGCCUCGGUUCUGCUCUUUGGUACACCCUUGACUGUGCAUCUCUUGGUCGGUAACGUCAUGGUGAUCACGGCCACCGUCUUCUAUGGUAUCUUGCCACCCCCUGCCUCAGUGAAGUCGAUAGACAAGGAGGAGCGAAGGCGGGGUGAUGUGAUUGGUGGAGCACUGACGGUGGUGAUACCUGAGAGGAAUAGUGAGCCUGCCUAA